AUGCAUCUCAUUCUCACUGGUGCAACCGGCCUAGUCGGCUCUGCCGUGCUUGACUCCAUGCUCAGAAAUAGCACAAUCUCCAAAAUCUCGGUCCUAAGCCGGAGACCUGUGCAAAUGGCAGAAGAUGCGAAAGAUCCGCGAGUGCACGUCAUCAUCCACAAAAAUUUCGAAUCUUAUCAGCCAGAACUACUCGAUCAAUUGAGAGAUGCGGACGGAUGUGUUUGGGCUCUGGGAACAAGCCAAAACAACGUGAACAAAGAGUAUUACAAAGCCCUCUCUUUCUCCAGUGCGCGGUGUGUUUCAGCUCUGACAGUCAAAAGGCAAUACGUCAAGAUAACUAGGGACUAUGCCCUGGCGGCCGCCGAUGCAUUUUCCACUCUUAAGCCCUCGGACCUUCCCUUCCGCUUCAUCCAUGUGUCCGGCGAAGGAGCCACACAGGACCCAGGGAGAUUGUCACCGAUCUUUGCGAGAGUGAAGGGCGAAACUGAGUCACUUCUGGGCAAGUUAUCUGAGAAAAAUCCAAGUACAUUCCGCGCAGAUAGCGUGAGGCCUGCGUUUAUCGAUCCAGAGAUUCACGAUGCUAUCAAGCCGUAUAUUCCUUCCAACAAUGGAAUCCUGCAAAGAAUAGGAAUGGUCUUCAUUGGCCCCGGUAUAAAGUACCUUUACAGAUCUUGGCAUUCUCCCACGAAUCAUCUUGGCCCAUUUUUGACUGAAAUGGCGAUGGGACGAAUGGAUGAGAAGUUGAAGGGCUCAGGGGUUUUCAAACUCGGCGGUGGCUGGGUUAUUGAGAACAAAGGUAUGCGGAGAAUGCUAGGAUUGUGA